CGGAAGUUAUGUUCGUCACCAGAGCGGGAAGAUCCUGGUGUUGUCACACAUCCAUUUUACACAUGAGAGCAACUGGGCUCUACUGGGUAGUCACUUAUCAGAAGCAAUAUCGUGGAUCGGCUUUAGCAGCUAGCAAUUCUGACUGUGGAAUAAUUAAGACAGUUUGUCUUUACAGCAGUUGGUGAGGAGUCAUGCAGGCUUUUUUGAAAGGAGCGACUGUCCAGCCUACCAGACCUCAGAAAGACAAGACAGCAGCAGGACCCAGUACAGAGAAGAAAGCCAAGGCCCUACCUUGGGUAGAAAAAUACAGGCCAAAGUGUGUUGAUGAGGUGGCCUUUCAGGAGGAGGUAGUAGCAGUGCUGAAGAAGUCACUAGAAGGAGCUGAUCUUCCGAACUUGCUUUUCUACGGCCCUCCUGGAACAGGAAAGACCUCCACCAUCCUAGCUGCUGCCAGAGAACUGUAUGGGCCAGAGCUCUACAGACAGAGGGUGCUGGAGCUCAACGCCUCAGAUGAACGGGGUAUCCAGGUUAUCCGAGAGAAAGUGAAGAACUUUGCUCAGCUCACCGUGGCUGGGACUCGCCCAGAUGGGAAGACGUGUCCUCCUUUUAAGAUCAUCAUCCUGGAUGAGGCGGACUCCAUGACAGCACCAGCACAGGCUGCACUCAGACGCACCAUGGAGAAGGAGUCCCGCACCACCCGAUUCUGCCUCAUCUGUAAUUACAUCAGCAGGAUUAUUGAGCCUCUGACAUCCAGAUGUUCGAAGUUUCGCUUCAAGCCUUUAGCCAAUCAGAUCCAAGAGGAGCGCCUGCUGGAUAUCUGUGACAAGGAGAACCUCAAGUACAGCAAAGAGAGUAUAGCAGCUUUGGUGAGGGUGUCUGAGGGAGACCUGCGGAAAGCCAUCACCUUUCUCCAGAGCGCCGCACGCCUUAACGUGGACAAGGAAAUCACAGAGAGUGCUGUCAUUGAAAUAGCUGGGGUUGUCCCUCCCAAGAUGAUUGACAGCUUGCUGCAGAUCUGCUUCAGAGGAACAUUUGAGAAACUGGAGGUUGCAGUCAGGAACAUGGUGGAUGAGGGCUACGCAGCCACACAGAUCCUGAGUCAGCUCCAUGAGUCUAUCAUAGAGUGGGACCUUAACGACAAGCAGAAGUCAGCCAUCACAGAGAAGAUGGCGGUUGUGAGCAAGUGCUUGUCAGAUGGGGCAGAUGAGUACUUGCAGAUGCUGAGUCUCUGUUCAGUCAUCAUGCAGCAAGCCUCCCAGAACAACUGAAAAUUCACAAAGCAGUGUCUCUGUCCUGUGGGGAGUGUGCUGCCAUCUGCUUACAGCAGGACCAACAGUCUGAUGGAGAUACCGACACUUCACUCAGGUUUGGAUGGAGGCUAUUCAGAGUCAUCACAUAGACAGAAGACUGUCAGAACCUCAGUGAGCACUUCAAUAAAUAAGACACAAUCAAUGUGAAUAGUGCUUUUAAAAUCUCAGUUGUUGUUGUUACAUCAUCAUUCAGAUGUCUCUUUGGACUGUUUCCAUGUUACCAUCAGAUCUGCAUACAUUUUUUGAAUUUUGGAAAGCAAUAAAUAGUUUUUGUAACUUUGUAGUGUGUUUCCAUAAAGUCACUGAACCUAUAUGAAGUAAAUAUCCAUAAAGAACCAUUUGGUUUUCAGACCAGUCUGAUCAGCUACAUUUGCUAGCAGAUUUACAAUUAAAAAUUGUGUUUUAUCCUUUGUUCCUCAGAGAUCCCUCCUGGCUCCUUGCUUGUCAGAUUAGAAACACAGUAAGAGCAUUGGGGCAGCCUUUAAAAUGGCAGACUGGAAUGACUUUCAGGUCGAGCGAGGCUUGGGAAGGAAUCAAAUAAGGGAAUUGGGAUGUAACCUGGGUACUAUCUUGUGUAUGAGUUAGUCAACUCUAAAUUAAUGCCAGAAACAUGCCUAGUAACAUACCUGUGUUCUUUGUAUUAAUACACAGUAUCUGGCUUCAGCUCCAAACCAUGCAUUUAAGGCUUCUUAAUUCCUA